AUGUCACCCUGCAUGGUGAACGGUCAUUGUUCGAAACGAUAUCCGAGGAGUUUUUUGGACGAGACCCAGACAGGAGCAGACAGCUAUCCGCUUUACAGAAGAAGAACGCCUCAAAAUGGCGGAUUCACUGGAAAAAUAAACACCCGCUGUGCAUCUGGCUAUCAAGAAAUUGAAAUAGAUAACAGGUGGGUGGUGCCCUACAACCCUUUUCUAUGCCGAGUAUUUCAGGCACAUAUAAAUGUAGAACUGUGCAGCAGUGUGAAGUCCAUCAAAUACAUCUGCAAAUACAUACACAAAGGCAGUGACCAGGCUGUAUUUGAACUUAAGAAAUCUGGAACCUCAAUUGAUGAAGUUACUGCUUUCCAGUUAGGCAGAUAUAUAAGUAGUAAUGAAGCCGUGUGGCGGAUUUUAGGCAUGCCAAUUCAUGAACGUGAACCAACAGUUGUGCAUCUAACCGUACAUCUAGAGAACGGACAAAGAGUUUAUUUUAAGCCGGACAAUCUUCUGCAUAAGGUUAAUAGUCCACCAGCAACAACCUUAACUGCAUUUUUUGAACUGUGCCAAAAUGACCCGUUUGCUAAAACUCUUUUGUACUGCGACGUUCCUCAGUAUUAUACUUGGAACUAUUCCAAAAAAAAAUUUAUUAGACGCAAGCAGGGUAAAGCUGUUGAAGGUCACCCAGAAAUCCGGUCUUGCGCGGCUCUCGGUCGCGUGUACACCGUACACCCAUCAAAUGAUGAAUGCUUUUUCUUGCGUUUACUCCUUCAUGUGCAACAUGGACCUACAUCUUUUCUCGAUCUCAAAAAUGUGAAUGGACAAAUGUGCAAGACGUUUAGAGAGGCAUGCGAGAGACAAGGGCUCUUAGAAAAUGACAAACAUUGGGACACUGCGCUUGAAGAAGCGAGUGCUACAAAAUCACCCAAAAAGUUAAGACAUUUAUUUUGUCUGCUUCUGACAUCUUGCUCAAUGUCAAAUCCACUCAACCUGUGGGAAAAAUACAAAACUUCUAUGAGCGAAGAUUUUCAAAUCAGAAGACAAACUACUUUUAAUGUUGAUUUGAAUUCAAAUCAAGAAAGUUUCAACCAAACCCUAUGUGCGCUGGAAGAACACAUCGCUUCAAUCAAUGGUAAGUUGCUCAGAGAAUAUGGUCUACCAUCACCUGACAGGGAUCUAGCGGCCUGCUCCGAAAUAGUUCGCGAAACUAAUUACAACGUCGCAGAACUAGCUGAAUACGUUUCAAUCAAUGAACCUCUUUUGCUACCAGAACAAAAACUAGCAUACGAAACAGUUUUACAACGUGUCCGACAAAACGAAGGAGGUAUUUUAUUUAUCGACGCCCCUGGAGGUACUGGGAAAACAUUUGUUUUAAAUCUCAUUUUAGCAAAAGUGCGUCAACAGCAAAAGUUGGCCAUAGCUGUAGCGUCAUCGGGUAUUGCAGCUACGCUACUUACAGGAGGCCGCACAGCGCAUUCAACAUUUAAGUUGCCUUUGAACAUUCCUCACUCAGAUGUUCCUAUUUGCAACAUAUCUAAACAAUCCGAAAAAGGAAAGCUGCUUAAGCAGUGUGCCAUUAUCAUCUGGGACGAAUGCACAAUGGCUCAUAAAAAGGCACUGGAGGCCCUGGGUAGGACACUCCAAGAUUUAAGAUCAAAUAAAGCCGUGAUGGGCGGAGUCGUUUUAGUUUUGGCUGGGGAUUUCAGGCAAACUUUGCCCGUAAUUCCCAGAUCAACAAUGGCCGACGAGCUAAACGCCUGCCUCAAGGCGUCCUACCUCUGGAAUGAUAUAACAGAGCUUAAAUUGAAGCAAAACAUGAGGGCAAAAUUAAGCGGCGAUUCCUCUGCUAAUAGAUUUGCUUUGCAACUUUUAGAUGUCGGAAACGGCAAAAUAAAACAAGACAAAAUAACCGGACUUAUUGAAUUUUCAAAAGAUUUCUGCAAAUUAGUGAGAACCUGUGACGAACUUAAAGACAGCGUCUAUCCUAAUUUAGAAGCAAAUUUCAAAAAUCACCAAUGGCUUUGUGAGCGUGUAAUUCUGGCUCCAAAAAAUGAAUUGGUUUUCAAGCUUAACAUAGAAAUUCAAAACUUGCUACCUGGAGAUACCAGGAUUUAUAAGUCUGUAGACACUGUGCUGGAUCCUGACCAGGCUGUACAUUAUCCGACCGAAUUUUUAAACUCCCUGCAACCCAGCGGAAUGCCUCUGCAUGAGUUGACACUUAAAGUUGGAUCUCCUAUUAUUCUACUAAGAAACCUUGAUCCGCCAAAGUUAUGUAACGGUACCAGACUAAGCAUAAAAAAAAUGUAUUCACAUAUAAUCGAAGCUACUAUAAUGAAUGGAUCUGGGAAAGGGGAGGAUGUUUUUAUACCACGAAUUCCACUAAUUCCCACAGACCUUCCUUUUGAUUUUAAGAGGUUACAAUUUCCCGUUCAGUUGGCAUUCGCCAUGACAGUGAACAAAGCCCAGGGACAGUCAAUGUCCGUGGUAGGAGUCAAUUUGGAAACCCCUUGCUUCCCUCAUGGACAAUUGUAUGUUGCCUGUUCGAGGGUCGGAAAUCCAAACAACCUUUUUAUUCUAACAACAGAAGGAAAGACGAAAAAUAUAGUUUACCAGAAAGCUCUUUUAUAG